AUGGCACGCUGGAUUGCCAACGCAGGCCCUGCCGGCGUCCCGCUCACCCUCGCGACGAUCCGCGACCAUGUCGCGGCGAUGGCGCAAGCGAACGGCGCGCCUCCGACAUUCCGUUGCAGCAUCGGCUGGGUGCGCCGUGCGCUGCGCCGCCAGGGUGUGCGCUUCAUGAGUGCCGUCGGCGAGGCGGCCGACCAGGAUAUGAACGCCGUACGCACGACAAAGGAGAAGCUUCCGCAGCUUCUCAUGCAUCUCGGCGUGCGACCGCGUGACACUUACAAUUUUGACGAGACGGCGCUUUACAUCAGCGUGCUUCCUCGCAAGACAUACGGCACGGGCAGGGCUGCCGGGCGGAAGCUCCCGAAGGAACGCCUCACCGUCGGCUUCUUGGUUAACGCGGAGGGGACACACGCCUUCCGUCCGCUCAUCAUCUCCAAGGCCAAGCGGCCCCAUGAUUUCAGGCCGAAUUUCGACCCCGAGGAGUAUUGCUACUGGCGCAACACUGCUAAGGGGUGGAUGACUAAGGCGUUUGACACCGCCAUGUACGCUGAGGGCCGCCAGGUUGUCGUGCUGCUCGACAACGCAAGCAGCCACACCCUGAUCACCGAGGGCGCGGAAACCGAAGACCUUUUCGGAUUCCGCACGAAGAAGCUCAACAACGUGCGCUUGGUCUACCUGCCGCCAAACACCACCUGCUUCACGCAACCCCUCGACCAAGGGAUGAUCGCCAUGGCGAAGGCGCGAUACCGCUAG